ACCAGUAUGCCAACAAAACAUUGUAGUUUUGCGAGGUGUACGUCGGAUAAUCGUUAUCCAGAGGAAAAUGUGUUUUUUAUACCAUUUGUAAAACCUCAUAUUGACGAGGUUAGAUGCAAUAAAUGGAUACAUGCGUCAAGGAGAGUGGAUUUAACAGUAGAAAAAAUUAAUAAAUAUUCAUAUGUGUGCUCAAAACAUUUUAUCGGUGGAAAAGGUCCAACUCUAGAAAAUCCUGAUCCUGUUUCUGCAACGAUUAGCAAAGUACCAAAGGCACGAAAAAAACGACUUUCAACAUCAACAAUUGAUUCUCUGUGCAGUCCAGACCAAAAAUCAAAAAGAGGCAAAGAUGCCAACUCAGAUUUUUUCAUUCCAAGUCAACAAAAUGAUACUCAAGAUAUUUCAGUAGACGACGAUUUAACUCCUAAAUUUACUGAACCACUACCAAGUGACAAAGAGCACACCAAUCAAUAUGUAGCUCAUGCAGAAAGUCAAACUUGUAUAGAAGUUGAAAGUAUUUUUGUGAAAAAACUACAAAAUGAAAUUGAAACACUUACGAAAAAAUUAAGUGCAUCUACCCUUAACUAUGAAUCAUGUAUAAAUGACAGUAAGAAGUUUAAGUUUUAUACAGGUCUCAUGCCAGAAGACUUUGAUAUUGUGUGGAAUUUCUUAGGACCGCCAACUGAAUCAUCACUGAGGAUCUGGCACUCACAAUCAGGAACUAAUAACCGCAUAACGAUAAAGCAAUUUAAAGUAUUAUCGUUAAAAAAUCAACUUUUUUUAACCCUUGUGAGAUUAAGAUGUGGUUUUUUAUUGUACGAUUUGAGUUGUCGGUUUAGUGUGAGUGUGAGUUAUAUUUCAAAAAUAACAACAACAUGGAUCCAAUUAAUGUAUUGUAAAUUUAAACAACUAAAUCGUUUCCCAUCAGCUAAAGACAUCAGUAAAAAUCUACCUCAAGCGUUUAAAAAAUUUAAAAAUAUACGAGUAAUUAUUGAUUGUUUUGAAUGGAACAUGGAGAAACCGAAAAAUUUUAGUCAACAAGGAAAUACAUACUCCAGCUACAAAUCUCAUAAUACAGUCAAGUUUUUGAUUGGAAUCAUACCAACUGGAGGAUGUUGCUUUCUUUCAGAAGGUUUUGAAGGACGCAUAACUGACCGAAGUAUCACCGAGAAAAGUGGUUUAUUUGAUUAUAUGGAAAAAGAUGAUUUAAUAUUAGCAGAUCGUGGGUUUAACAUUGAAGAUUUAUGUAAUAAGUAUAAAUGCACUGUAUUAAUGCCACCGUUUUUAAAAUCUAGAAAAAAAUUUUCAAAAAAUGAAGUGAGGAGGGCAAGAGAAAUAGCUUCGGCUCGAAUACACGUAGAACGAUUCAUUGGUCGAAUGAAACAAUUUAGAAUAAUGCAAAGAAUCAUACCAAAAACUUUAUUACCUAUUGUAUCCCAAAUCGUUUUUGUUAUUGCAAUAUAA